AUGACCAGUCAAAGCAUUAGCAGCAACCUUGCUUGGUACCAGCAGCGAGAAGGUCAGAAACCCUCUCUCCUGAUCUAUGAUGCAGCAACUCGAUUCACAGGAGUCUCGGAUCGAUUCACCGGCAGUGGAUCAGGGACCAGUUUCACCCUGACAAUCAGCAACGUUCAGAAUGAAGAUGUCGCUGAAUAUUACUGUCAGCAGUAUAGUAGCAGCCUUUACAGUGAUACAGAGCCAUACAAAAAUCUCAACACGCACAACACCACCUUCUAUUCUACACCUUCUGACUGUAUCUUUCUUGGUAUUGAUUUAAAGUCAUUUCUUACUAACAAGCAGCCCAAGCUGACCCUGCUGCCCCCCUCCCCGGAGCAGGUCAAUGCCAAGGGCACUGUCACCCUGGUGUGCCUUGCCAAUCACUUCUAUCCCGAUGAGCUGGAGGUGCAGUGGAAGAAGGAUGGUGCAGUCAUUUCGGACGGGGUUCAGACCAGUAACUACCUGCGAGCUUCGGACAGCACCUACAGUGUCAGCAGCCUGCUGACCCUCUCUGGGUCUGACUGGGAGUCUGACGCUCGCUUCUCCUGUGCCCUCACUCACGUGACCCUCCCCUCUCACCUCAGCAAGAGCAUCAGGAGAUCAGAAUGUGUGUAGGGUGUUCAAGACAGUCCACAGAGGAGACACAACUUUAAAUAGAACAGGGCUGAGCUGGCAGGACAAAGGUCAUCGUCAGCACUGAAUUUCACCUCUCUUCCUUCUCAGGACUGGUUAGAGACAUUUCCGAGGUUCAGGGGUUAAGGCAGGUUCAUUGGGACACUGUAGAUAGAGCUUUAUGCUGUGUCAAACCCCAUGCUGUCCCUGUUCUGGGAAAGUUUGAUGGGGACAGAGUUGACUUGUGAUGCCAAGUAAAAUCUUUUGAAGUUGCUGAAGACUGUCAGCUGUACAAAACAAUGUGAACCUCAGAAUUCUCUGCCUCAGUAAACCAGAUCUCCUUCCUGCUCAGCCACCAGUUCCAAUUUAAGGUUUUGUCACUGUUUGAAUUUACAGGAUUCUCAUGUUAUUGAGAAAUCCUCCACAAGUGUUUUCCU